UUCAACAAUCAAUUUUUUCGGCAAUGUGGAUUUACCUAGCAGUUGUAGCAGUGAUUUUGGCAGCACUAUGGGUGCGCAAACGUUACUCGUACUGGAAGGAGCGUGAUAUUCCGUAUUCGGAACCCAGUUUCCCGGCCGGCAACAUUCGUGGAAUGGGCCGAACGGAGCAUUUUUCGACACUGAUGCAGCGCUGUUACAAGGAUCUGAAGGGAAAAGGACCGAUCGGAGGAAUGUUCUUCUUCACAAAUCCCGUUGCGCUGGCAAUGGACUUAGAUUUGAUCAAAACUGUGUUAGUGAAAGAUUUCCAGUACUUCCAUGACCGAUCAGUGUACUAUAAUGAGAAGGACGAUCCUUUGUCGGCUCAUCUGUUCACUAUGGAGGGCACUAAGUGGAGAAAUUUGAGAGCCAAGCUGACGCCUACGUUCACUUCAGGAAAAAUGAAGAUGAUGUAUCCAACUAUAAUUGCAGUGGCUGAAGAAUUUUUGGAGCUAAUGAAAACAGAUGCGUUUAAAAAUAAUGAAAUCGAGAUGAAGGAGAUUCUUGCACGGUUUACGACUGAUGUUAUCGGAAAUUGCGCAUUCGGAUUGGAAUGCAACAGCCUGCUUGACCCGGAAGCUGAGUUUAGACGCAUGGGGCGAAAAAUAUUUUCAGUGCCUAACGGUCGACUUCUUAAAAUUUUUAUCGCCCAACAGUUCCGUUCCGUAGCUCGAACGCUUCGGAUAACUUUAACUGAUAAAGAAGUGUCCAAAUUUUUCAUAGGUGCUGUUAAAGAUACAGUCAAGUAUCGGGAGGAGAGCAAAAUUGAAAGGAAUGAUUUCAUGAGCCUGCUGAUGAAGCUGAAAAAUGCAGAACCUUUGGAAGACGGUAACCCCCACAAUGUUGAUCCUAUGACUGUAGAGGAAAUCGCUGCACAAGCUUUUGUGUUCUUUUUGGCUGGCUUCGAAACGUCAUCGACAGCAAUGUCCUAUUGCUUGUACGAAUUGGCGCAAAACAUCGAUCUUCAAAACAAGGCACGGAAAUGCGUUGCAGACGCUAUCAAAAAGCAUGGUUCAAUGACAUACGAGGCAAUGCAAGAUAUGCCGUACAUCGAUCAGUGUAUCAACGAAUCUCUUCGUAAAUACCCUCCUGUUUCCAAUCUUACAAGAACGGUUUCCAAGGACUACAAGCUACCCAACAGCAAAGUUGUACUCCAACAAGGUUCCACUAUUAUCGUACCGGUAUACGCCAUCCAGCACGAUCCCGAGUACUACCCCGAUCCGGAACGGUACGACCCGGAUCGCUUUGCACCGGACCAGGUCGGUAACCGUAACCCGUACACAUUUCUGCCGUUCGGUGAAGGUCCUCGAAUAUGCAUUGGGUUGCGAUUCGGGAUGAUGCAAGCUCGAGUCGGUUUGGCGUACUUGUUGAAGGAUUUCCGGUUCACGCUGUCCAACAGGACACCGGUUCCGUUGAAAAUCUCCCCACGUUCUCCAAUUUUCACAUCGGAAGGGGGACUGUGGUUGAAAGUGGAGCCAUUGUAAGAGCGUUGGUGAUGUGUCACGAGGAUGCGUGCUAACAGUUUAAAUAACAAUUUUGUUUGCUGUUUAAUAUGGCCAGAAGUUUUAUGUGACAAUCCUGAUAUAAAUUACUGUAAGCUA